AUGGAUAGGUCAGCAAGAUUUGGAAUGAUUCACAGAUAUGCGAAAGAAAAUGCCUUGCCUUCAUACAGGGUAACUCAAGUAUUCCAAUCUAUAUAUAAAAAUAAGACACCUGACUUUUUGUCAAUGUAUCAUAUACCGAAGGUAGUAAGGCAUGGAUUGAAUGAGUGCUUUGAAGGUUCUUUAUUAUCAAUAACUCCUAUAACUGAAAGUAAAGCGGAAAGUGCACAUAAAGUUCUGUUCAAAAACAGAGAUAAUACUCGAAUAGAAUCUGUUCUCCUCUAUUUUAAAAGUCAUAAGUCACUCUGUAUUUCUAGCCAAGUCGGAUGCGCGCAUGCUUGUUCUUUCUGUGCAACAGGAAAGAUUGGAUUAAAGAGAAAUCUAACAGUUGAUGAAAUCACUGAUCAAAUAUUAUACUUUCAACAACGCGGGCAUAAAAUAGACAGUAUCUCAUUCAUGGGAAUGGGAGAACCGUUAUCUAAUCCAAAUGUCUUCCGAUCAAUAAAGGUGUUGACGGACAGGAAUUACUUUGCAAUAUCACCCAGAAGAAUAAAUAUAUCCACUGUAGGAAUACUGCCAGGAAUCAAAAAAUUGAACAAAGAGCAACCAUUCGUUAAUUUUGCGUACUCAUUACAUUCCCCGUAUACGCACGAAAGGAAUGAAAUGGUACCAGCAAAUAGAAUUUAUCCAUUUCAAGAGGCAUACGAACUAAUGGAUGAGAGAAUUAGGCAAACUGGUAAAAGAAUCUGGAUCUCGUACGUUCUAAUGAAAGACAAGAACGAUAGUAAAGACCAUGCUAAAGAAUUGGUUUCUAUCAUUAAAAAUAGACCGGAGGAUAGUAGAUACUUAUAUCAUGUGAAUUUAAUACCAUAUAACUCAGCACGUGCCGUAGAAGGCAUUGAAAAGCUAGAUGAUGAUAGGUCACUAAUUUUUCAGAAAAUUCUUGAAAAAAACAAAGUUUCCUGCUCAUACAGAAAUUAUUAUGGAAGGAGUAUAGAUGCAGCUUGUGGGCAACUAUAUGCAGACUACGAAGUAAAGGAUAAAUUGUAG